AUGGCCGCAAUCGCAGCACCUCCCACAGACACCCUCACCGACACAGCGGCUUUAGUGAAUAUUUCGGCCUUCGACCUCCUCCUGAUCGAACUAGUCCCUCUCGCCGAGCGCAUGGCCCGCAAUUUCGAAGCCUCGAUCGAUCGUCCUGCGCCUGGUAACCCUACAAAGCAACAGCGCACCACCUCGAUCUCGUCUGCUGGCGCCGGCGCUGUCACGGCGGCAAACCCGAACCCGGCACCGACGUCGACGUCGGGCGUUAGUGCUGGCGCGACUGCACCACCGCUCGCAGCAGACGGUCUGCCGGAAACAGAUAUCUUCCGCGACAGCAUGUUCGUGCGUCUCGAACGUCUGGGCUUUCGCGUGGGUGAAGGUCUGACGGAACGCUUUUCGCGGGACAGACCCAGAUUUACGGAUCAAUUGGAUGUCAUCAAGUUCUUGUGCAAGGAUUUGUGGACGGUGGUGUUCAAGAAACAGAUUGACAACCUCAAGACGAAUCAUAGAGGCGUCUUCGUCCUUACAGACAACAAAUUCCGACCUUUCUCCAGAAUGAGCAUGACUACACACACCGAAGCUAUCGCCAGAGCCCAACCACACCUCUACUUUCCGUGCGGCAUCAUUAGGGGCGUGUUGUCCAGCUUGGGAAUUAAAGCUACUGUGCAAGCUGAAACGACGGAAUUGCCGUUCGCGACAUUCCAGAUCAAAACAUCACAAGCAAAAACAUGA